UAUCGGUGUUUCCUUUGUGGAAUGAGAUUAGCAGAAAUGAAUGGUAAAAAUGCAACUGGGUUGCAAUUACCACGGUCUUAUGGGAAUGUAUACUCACUGGUGACACCCGUAGGUGCACUGAAUGUAUAGUGCGUCACCUUUUGACACUAUCGCCAUCAUCCGUUCUUGAGUAGUAAUUGCAAUGGUGCUUGCGGUAAUUAAACCACAGGCACAUUGAUAUUGCACAGUUUCUGUAAUUCAGAAUCCUGCUUGUAGAGCCAAUGCAACGUACAUGCACGAGAGGGGGAAUGACGCACUCGCGGGUUUACCCACAACGCACAAAGCUGCAUCUCGGAGUGCGGCAGUUCAUUUGCAGUGGAGAGCGCUUCUGUUUCCCUGGGACGUCACUUAAAUGCGUCGUCAUACAGUGAAUUUCGCGACGUUUUCGAACGCCGUCAUAGCAUCUUCCCCAUUCCCAUGGAUUUUCCAUCUUUAUAGCUGAAGGCUCCACCCUCCUGUCAAAGCAGAGGAUGGGGCAGGAGCGGCGGGCACUCUUCUCGGUGUUUGAUUUCCUCGAUGAGUCAGCCCUGCUGCCAGGCUUGGCUCCCCUAAAAUAAAACCAAGGACUAACGUGGACAGCAGGUGUUCUGUGGUAUCAGUGGGGCUACAGCACCACCUCACCAAGCGGUACCAUCCGCUGCUGGUUACGUUGCCUCGCAAGUGUCGUUCAAAAUGUGCGAAUCAGUGAAGAGCUUGCCAUCCCCUACCUCCCCGGGAACAGCACAUGUCCAGGGGCCAGGCACCUACAAAGGAUGGCUCUUCAAGUGGACCAACUACCUGAAGGGCUACCAGCGGCGGUGGUUUGUCCUUAGCAACGGCCUGCUGUCAUACUACAGAACGCAGGCGGACAUGGCGCACACCUGUCGCGGCACGAUCAGCCUGGCGGCGACGCACAUCGAGGUGGGAGACCAUUGCCACCUGGUGCUGAGCAGCGGCGGCCGCAGCUACUACCUGAAGGCCAGCUCCGAGGGCGAGUGCCAGCGCUGGAUCUCUGCCCUGCAGCAGGCCAAGGCCAACACCCCCCACAUUAUGCACCACUCAGACGACUCUGGUGACGAGGCGGGUCCCGGGGGCGUGACGCAGGCAGAGCGGGCGCUGACUCAAGGCGCGCUGAAGACGCUGGCCAGCAAGCUCGAGGACCUGAGCACGUGCAACGAGCUGAUCGGGAAGCACGGGGCCGCGCUGCAGCGCUCGCUGGCCGAGUACGAGGAGCUGCACGCCUUCCUGGUCGCCGCGGCAGCCGCCAACGACGCCACGUCAGGGCCGCCCAACGACAAGCUCAAGGCAGUCAACGAGCGUGCUGCGCUCUUCCGCAUCACCUGCAAUGCUAUGGUCAAUGCAUGCCGAGACUUCCUGGAGCUAGCCGAGUGCCAGAACCGGCGGUGGCACCGAGCGCUGCAGCACGAGAGGGAACAGCGCCAUCACCUGGAGGAAACUAUAGAGCAGCUGGCCAAGCAGCACAACUGCCUGGAGCGCGCCUGGAGGGAGGCACCCAGCACACAGGUGGCGGAGCAGACGGAGGGAGAUGAGAGUGAGGAGGAUGACAACACAGAGUUCUUCGACGCCAUGGAGGAGUCAGCCUUCAUAACAGUCACCUCUGCUGACCACAACAACCAGCACAGACUCUCUACUGGCAGCCAGAGCAUGAGUGGAGGCCUAGCUACCGACUGGAGCCAACAGAACAAUGCCUCAGAGUCGGGUCAGCUGCGUAGAGCCCGGCGCACGCGCAUCCCAGACAAGCCCAACUACUCCCUCAACCUCUGGAGCAUCAUGAAGAACUGCAUCGGCAAGGAGCUGUCUAAGAUACCCAUGCCCGUGAACUUCAACGAGCCGCUCUCCAUGCUGCAGCGGCUGACGGAGGACCUGGAGUACUCAGAGCUCCUGGACCGCGCGGCGCUCUGCUCCUCCUCGCUGGAGCAGCUGUGCCUGGUGGCCGCCUUCUCCGUCUCCUCCUACUCCACCACCGUGCACCGCACCGGCAAGCCCUUCAACCCACUGCUGGGGGAGACCUACGAGCUGGAUAGACUCGACGACUACGGAUACCGCUCACUCUGCGAACAGGUGAGCCACCACCCCCCAGCAGCUGCCCACCAUGUGAUGUCCCAGCGGGGCUGGACCCUGUGGCAGGACAUCACCAUCGACAGCAAGUUCAGAGGGAAAUACAUCUCUGUCAUGCCACGAGGCUGCAUCCAUCUGCAGUUCCAUGCCAGUGGUAACCACUACGUCUGGGGCAAGGUGACCUCCACCGUACAUAACAUCAUCGUCGGCAAGCUCUGGAUUGACCAAUCGGGGGACAUUGAAAUAGUCAAUCGCAGAACGAAAGACACCUGCCACUUGAAGUUCUCUCCCUACAGUUACUUCUCUCGAGACUCACCCCGCAAGGUGACGGGAGUGGUGAUGGAUGGAGAGGACACGGCUCACUACAUCCUGUCAGGCACGUGGGACGAGAAGAUGGAGUGUGCCAAGAUCGUGGACAGCAGCGGGGGCUGCGGAGGGGGACCUGAGGCACGCCAGAAGACCGUUUACCAGACCCUGCCCCCCAAACUACUCUGGAAGAAAUACCCUUUACCAGAGAACACGGAGAACAUGUACUACUUCUCUUCGCUGGCGUUAACCCUUAACGAGCUGGAGGAGGCGGUGGCGCCCACUGACAGCCGUCUGCGGCCCGACCAGCGGCUCAUGGAGGCGGGGCUAUGGGACGAGGCCAACGCCCAGAAGCAGAGGCUGGAGGAGAGCCAAAGGUUGGAGCGCCGCAAGAGGGAGGCCCAGACGGCCAUGGCACUGGAGGAGGGCCGAGACAUCGACAGCUACCAGCCGCUGUGGUUUGAGAAGCGUUCGGACUCGGACACAGGGUACAGCAGCUACGUGUACCGCGGAGGCUACUGGGAGGCUAAAGAGACCCAGGACUGGAGCCAGUGCCCCAAUAUCUACUAGUUACACACAGAGGACAAGCCUGCUGCUGCUGCUACUGAUGUGAGGCCUGUGGGCAGCCCAUGAAUACAUUUACACUCACAGACAGGGCUGCAGAUGCAGAACAGAACUGAUCCUGGACCUGUGUGAGUGCCAUCGGUGUGACGCGACUUGGGAGCCAGGACCACCGACGCAGCUUACCACUACCAACAACAACAAAAACAAAACACAUUUCAAAACCGCCUGAGAAAAAAAAAUGACUGACUUGUUUUUGUGCUGGGCUCUCAUCAGUGAUUACAUAUCAGGCUGUACUGUACAAACACACAACUUUGUGCGUGUGACCGUGUGUGUGUGUGUGUGUGUGUGUGUGUGUGUGUGUGUGUGUGUGUGUGUGUGUG